CGAUGUUCGCGGCGCGGCGGCGACGCGGUUGCGUCGGCGGUGAUCAAAGAAAAAUCUAAACAACGAAGUCAACAAAAUAUUUUUGACAAGUCAGUCACGCCGCGUCCACCUUAUCGUUAAGAGCGACCGGCGAAAAUUGAAAUUUUGUUCCGUCUGUAUUUUGUGUUCUAUGAGAUAUUUCUGUUUCGCUCGCACGACUGCUCAAGGUCACCCCGUUGCAAGCAUUCACCGAAGAAGUAAGAUAUUAAAAUAUUGAACAUUUUGUAUCGAUAACUCUGUUACGCCGGCUUACUUAUUUCGUUAUUAAAAAUAAUAUAAUUUAUUGAAAAUGGCUAAGGUAUCGAUUCCAACGAUUAAAUUGAACAAUGGAAUCGAAUUCCCGGCCCUCGGCUACGGGACCUGGCUAGGACUGAACGAUAAGAUGGAAUUCGAAAUCACGGACGCGCGUAAACUACAGGACGCAUUAUCGUACGCCAUCGAUAUAGGUUAUCGACAUAUCGACACGGCGCAUCUCUACCGAGUCGAGCCGGAGGUCGGGGAAGUUAUAAAUAAAAAAAUUAAGGACGGUGUUGUCAAACGCGAAGACAUUUUUGUUACUACAAAGGUGUGGCACCACCACCACAAGCAAGCGGACGUCGAGGUGGCGGUGCGCGACUGCCUCAGGAGACUGAAUCUGGAGUACGUGGACUUGGUAUUGGUGCACUGGCCAAUGUCGAUCUCGCAAGAAGGGGUAGACGAAAAUAUCGACUACCUGGAGACGUGGAGAGGGUUUGAGGAGGUCCUCAAGAAGGGACUGACCAGGUCCAUCGGCGUGUCCAACUUCAACAUCGAACAGAUGAAGAGGUUACUAGCCAACUGCAACGUGCCGCCCGCCGUCAACCAGAUCGAGAUCAACCUAAAUCUCGGUCAGAAGGAAUUGGUGGACUACUGUCAGUCCAAGGGCGUGGUGGUGGUCGCGUACUCGCCAUUCGGAACGAUGGUGCCGUCCAGAAACUACCCGGACAGUCCGGAGCCUAAGAUGGACAAUCCCACGAUGCUCUCGAUAGCGAAGAAACACGGGAAGACCGUCACUCAGAUCGCCUUAAGAUAUUUGUACCAGCGCGGGAUCGUGUCUAUACCGAAGACUGUGACUAAGAGCAGAGUGCUGGAGAACGCCUCGAUCUUCGACUUCCAGCUGGACGACGAGGACGUCGCCACCCUGGCGCAGUUCGACAACGGCUUCCGGACGAUCAGGCCGCUGUUCUGGCAGCCCUACGAGAACUACCCCUUCGAUGUGGUCCUUGGACAAGAGCACGAAGACAUACCGAUCUCUUUGCUCAAGUGGAAGAAUGGAGUCAACGGCGACAUCGAAUAAUUCGGUCACUUGUUAUAAUUCGUGCAGCAUUUUAUUAUUGUUUAACUUUACACGCUUAAGGUACUGCGCAGAUUUAAUGCCUAAAGCAUUCUCUAUCAGUCAAUCAAUGAUGGCUAAGAGCAGUGUUUCUCAACCUUUUUUGUGCCAUGCCCCCACUGUAACACUUCUAAAAUUUGUAUACAUGCCCCCAUACAUAAUUUUUAACAUCAAAAAAUAGAUUUUUUCACUUAAGAAACAUAAAUGAUAUGUUUUAGGCUUUAGAAAUCACUAUGAAAUUGUUCUCAAAACAUAUAAUAAAAAACUUAAAUUCAAAUUUCAAAAUAAUUUUAAUACAGAUUUUCUAUAUUCAUUUAGUGCGAUUGUCCCCCUUAAUUAUCAAAUUGCCCCCUUAUGGGGCCCCACUUUGGGAAACACUGGCUUAGAGAGUUCCGUGAUACGGUCUGAGUCAACCAAGGGUGCUCGCUUUUUCACACCGAUGCUGUAUCGAAACUGUAACCGUAUUGAUGAUUUAAAUAAAUAAAUAAAUAAAAA